AUGGGUUCAAGGCAACUGCCCGCAAAUUCAAACAACACUCCUCCCCAAGACCCUUCCCCUGGCUCUUCAAGGGAAACCUCUGCACCUCAAGAAUCAGCCGACAGAUCCAAAGAAGAUCCUGUAAAGUCACCAACAAGUCGUACCAUAAAGAUUUGUAAUGUCUCACCGGCCCGUGCUACUGAAGCAAUUAAGACUCUUCGACAGAAACUGACAACUGGCUUAAAUAAACUAUGGACGCACAAAAACACGGUGUUGUUCAAGAAAUAUUUCUUAGACGCAUGGCUAAAGUUUCGGUUGUUGAUGUGGAAAAACUUCCUCCAGCAAUGGAGGCGCCCUAUGCAGACAGUGGCAGAGAUACUGUUACCAGUCAUCACAAUGUCCUUGGUGCUUUUAAUACGAGGGCAGGUACCACCUACGCAUAGGGAUGAGUCAACAUAUCCAUUAAUGAAUGCAUACUCAUUACAAUUCGCCCUGAAAGUCUUAUCUGGCAUGAACGAGAUAUUAAUUAUCGCUUAUUCACCGAAGAGUCCAGUAUUGGAAGAAGUAAUAUUAUCGGCUACGAGGACGUUGUUACUCGAGAAUAAAUAUUUCUUUCCUGCUGCAUUAAUCGCGUCAUACUCACAGAGCACAUCUCAAAUCCGCGCUUUUAACAAUAGUGAGCAUCUGAGCGGACUUUAUAAAAAAGAAAUAACUACUCGUGAAAUUCUUGCCGCUGUGGAAUUUGAUGAUCGGCUUUAUGGAGCGACAGAGUUACCAAAAAGUAACUUGUCAUAUUCCAUACGAUUCCCUGAAAGACCUCGUUUAAAUUCAUUUUACGGUGUGGGCGGACGUCAUUGGAGAACUGACUUAGUUUUCCCUAGCUUUGAAUUACCAGGUCCUAGGUUUCCAUUCUCAUGGGAGGGAGGCAAUGAUCCAGGUUACGUUAACGAAUUGUUCAUACCAUUACAACACGCAAUUUCUAUGGAGUUAAUAUCCAAAAUGACGGGACAAAAUAUGCGGAGCUUAUACACAAUCAACAUCGAGAGAUACCCGCAUCCACCUUAUUGGGAAGACCAAUCGCUGAGUGUACUGAAGAUUUUGUUUCCAAUGUUCAUUUUAUUAAGCUGCAGCUACACAGCUAUUAAUAUCGUUCGAGCUAUUGUUGUUGAGAAGGAGUUACAACUGAAGGAAACUAUGAAAAUAAUGGGUCUUCCCACCUGGUUACAUUGGACUGCGUGGUUUUGCAAACAAUUUAUUUUUCAACUAGUAAUAGCAAUCGUCAUGAUUAUAUUCCUGAAGGUGCACUGGUUUACAAACGAAGAAGGUUAUGAUAAUUACGCUGCAUUUACUCACACACCAUGGAGUGUACUGUUCUUCUUUUUAUUACUUUAUUUAUGUUGCAUGAUAUUUUUCUGCUUUAUGAUGAGUGGUUUUUUUUCAAAGGGUAGCUCAGCGGCUUUAUUUACUGGCGUGAUCUGGUUCCUAUCAUAUAUGCCUGCGUACUUACUGACUUCCGAAAUUGAUAUUUCAACUACUGCACAAAUUUUUAGUUGCCUCAUUGUCAAUACUGCAAUGGCUUUCGGUUUCCAACUGCUUCUAUCCCAUGAAUGUACUGGAGGUCUGCAGUGGGGACAAUUUAUGUCAUCGCCAGCUACGGAGUCAUCACGUUUCAUGUUUGGUCAUGUGGUUUUGAUGUUAUUUGUAAACUGUGUGCUAUACAUGCUGGUUACCUUGUACCUCGAGCAAGUAUCUCCAGGACCAUUUGGCGCACCUCGACCCUGGUACUUUCCCAUCCAAUCGGAGUUCUGGUGUCCCGCUAGGAAAUCUGGUCUAAAAACAACUGCAGAGCCUAAUGUCGCAGAAAAUGUGACUGAGCGAAGAAGUAAGCUUCCCGUACCUCCGAAGCUCGCUAAGUUUUUUGCCUCCAUCCACCAAGUGUACCAAUCAAUACUUACAAAGAUUUCAAAAGAUACUACACAUCAUAAUAUCACCGAUUAUGAAGUUAUACAUGAAAAAGAUCCUGAAAAUCAUACUAUUGGAGUAAGAUUGGAAAAUUUAACCAAAGCAUAUGGAGAUCAAAUAGCUGUUAAUAAUUUGAAUUUAAACAUUUAUAAUGAUCAAAUAACAGUACUUUUGGGACACAAUGGAGCUGGAAAAACGACUACUAUAUCUAUGCUUACAGGUAAUACAGAAGCGACGUUCGGCACAGUAAACGUGGUUGGGUACGAUAUGAGCACACAAGCUGCAAACGCACGUUCACAUAUCGACCUAAGGACAGACAUAGACACUCUCAUCAAGAAACUAGAACUUGAGCCAAAGCGAGAUUAUCCAUCCAAAGGAUUAUCUGGCGGUCAAAAGCGUCGAUUAUGUGUUGGUAUUGCACUAAGUGGACAAGCAAAGGUGGUACUUUUAGACGAACCCACGUCUGGCAUGGAUCCUGCUUCUAGACGCGGCCUGUGGGAGUUACUACAAAAGGAAAAAUACGGGCGCUCUAUUAUACUUACUACCCAUUUUAUGGACGAAGCAGACAUUCUGGGCGAUAGAGUAGCCAUAUUGGCACAAGGUAAACUACAAUGUGUGGGAACCCCAUUUUUCCUAAAACGUCACUACGGAGUGGGAUACUCUCUUGUCGUAGUAAAGGACGAUGGCUUUGAUACCGAACGUUGCACUGCACUUAUCGAUAAAUACAUUCCCGGCACUGUUGUCAAAGAAGACAGAGGCUCCGAAGUAACUUACAGUUUACCAAAUGAAUUCUCUAAUAAGUUUGAAAAUAUGCUGAACGAUUUAGAACGUAAUGCUGAAAGCAUAAAAUUCAAGAAUUAUGGCUUGUCCGCGACUACACUUGAAGAUGUAUUCAUGACCGUUGGCGCUGAUUUAGCACCUGUUACUGUGAAUAAAAAGACUGAAACUGCAGAUCGAUGUCCCACGCCCGCUUCCACAGCAUCUGCUAAUACCGAUGAAGCUUAUACCAAUGAAAUCGAUCGAGCUUUAGCACAAUUGGAUAAACCUGAAAGUUCUGUCAAAGGAAACGAUCUUAUCAAACAGCGUGUGCGAGCGGUGUGGCUUAAGCUAAUAUUAGUCUGGAGUCGCUCAUGGUGGCAUGUUUUGCUGCAGUUUAUGGCACCUAUUAUAUUACUGAACGUGUCACUAGGAAUUCUGCAGUAUAUUUUAUCACUGGUCCCAACUAUUAAAAAGAGGUUGCUAACACUUAGUUCGGGGUAUCAUGAAACCGAAACUUUGCUGAGUUACGACGGUGAUUCGGCUUCAAUUCAGGCUGCAGAAGCUUAUAAAAAUAUCUUUGAAAGUUCUAAAGUGAAGGGAAUGAAACUAACUACGAUUGGCAAUACACCGAUACAAGAAUACUACUUGAAGAGAACAAAUGACCCUAUGGUCAUGGCAUCAUUACGACACACGCUGUUAAUUGGUUCAACAUUCACGGAAAAUACUGUGACUGCCCAUUUCAGCAACUUUGGGUAUCAUGAUGUGGCGGUAUCUCUGGCUGCAGUACAUAUGGCUUUACUAAAAGCAUAUAUCCCUGAUGCAAAACUCACCGUAUACAAUCACCCAAUGAAAGCGAAUUAUGAAGAUCAAACAGAUCUGCAGAUGAUGAUCAGCUUAAUCUCCAUGCAACUCUCUACUGGUAUUGGUAGCAGCGUUGCUGCCAUGACCGCUGUGUACAUUAUGUUCUACAUCAAGGAACGCGUUUCAGGUGCGAAGCUGCUUCAGAAAUCUUCUGGCCUUCAACCAGCUGUGAUGUGGGGUAGCGCUGCAGUUUUCGACUGGAUUUGGUUCCUUUUCAUCUCCCUUCCUAUUAUCAUCUCCUGUGCAAGUUUUGACAUUGCUGGACUCUCUACGGCAGCCGAUCUAUCUCGGCUUUUUCUAUGCAUGAUACUAUAUGGUGCCGCCAGCACACCACUCACAUAUUUGCUAUCGAACGUGUUUAACGGUCCCGCCCUUGGAUUCGUCAGUUACUUCUUCUUGAACGUCCUAUUAGGAAUGUUGGGUUCACAAGUAGUGGAAACCCUUAUGUCACCGGAACUAAAAACCAGAGCGACGGCGGAAAAUAUGGAUAGUAUUCUGCAAAUGUACCCUCUAUACAGCCUCGUUACUUCUAUUAGGUAUAUGAACCAGAUUGGACUACGUAAAAGAAGUUGUUUUCAAAUGUGCAACUACUAUGAAGUUUUUUACCCUACAUUUAAGUGCAACAUGAAAGAGUUGUGCAAGUUAGACGAGUCCUGCUGUAUUUCUGAAAACGAACAAUUCAAAUGGGGCGAGCCGGGUAUACUGCGAUAUCUAGUACUUUUAAUGAUGACCUGCGUCUUAUUCUGGGUCUUGCUCAUGGUUGUAGAAUACGGAAUCUUAAAACGGAUAUUGACACGCAAGAAAGAACCACCCGCUUUAGACCAGAGCUUACUUGACAAUGAUGUCAUCGCAGAGUCAGAGCGCGCACAUAAUGUCUACAAUUCGAACCGAGCAGACCAAGCUCUGUUUGCCGUAGACCUAACAAAGUAUUACAAAACAUAUCUUGCUGUUAAUCAAAUCUCUUUCUGUGUCAAUGACGGCGAAUGUUUCGGUCUAUUGGGUGUAAACGGUGCCGGGAAGACUAGCACUUUUAAGAUGCUUAUGGGAGAAGAAACUAUAUCAAGCGGAGAAGCAUUUGUCAGCGGACAUUCUGUUGAAAAGACAAUUUAUAAAGUGCAUGAAAAUAUCGGUUACUGCCCGCAAUUCGAUGCUCUGUUCAUGGAACUGACAGGACGCGAAACUCUGCGCGUAUUUGCGCUCAUGCGGGGCUUUCGUGUUCCCUCUGUCGCGUCUGUCCCCGAAGUAUUUGCUCGCGCCCUCGGGUUCCACAAACACCUGGAUAAAAAGGUAUAUCAAUAUUCUGGAGGCACACGGCGCAAGUUAAAUACAGCGGUGGCCUUCCUGGGAAAGACGCGGCUGAUAUUCGUAGACGAGCCUACAACUGGCGUAGACCCCGCUGCAAAAAGACACGUGUGGCGUGCAGUACGCGGAGUGCAGCGUGCUGGUAGAGGAAUAGUGUUGACGUCACACAGUAUGGAGGAGUGUGAGGCGCUGUGCUCACGACUCACAAUCAUGGUCAACGGCCGCUUCCAGUGUAUAGGCACUCCACAGCAUCUUAAAAUUAAAUUCUCUCAAGGAUUUACACUGACAAUAAAAUUAAAACUGAAAAUAGAUGAAAAUACUACUCGAGAUUCGGCCACCCGUGUAAAAGAAUACGUUAAUUCCAAUUUCAAUAAUCCAAGAUUAAUGGAGGAGUAUCAAGACAUGCUGACGUACUACCUACCUGAUCGAAGCAUACCUUGGUCACAGAUGUUCGGUAUCAUGGAGCGCGCUAAACAAGACCUUAAUAUUGAAGACUAUUCAAUCGCACAGACCACUCUCGAGCAAAUCUUCCUACAGUUUACCAAAUAUCAGGGACAAGAGCAUGAGCAUGAAGUAAAAACUGAUAAACUAUCUGAUACUACACAAAAACGCGACCAAGGGACACGAGAUAAAAAGCAUGAUCAACCUGGGCCGUCGCAAAACACAUCUAAUCGUUAA